AUGGCUUCGUAUACGGAUGUAACGGGCACCGCCGGCCCAGGGAAGCUCUCAAAGUCGCGAAGCAAGCCGGUGGUGAAGCCGAUACUGAAAAAGCUGUCGCAUUCGGAAAAGAACUCGCUGGACCUCGAUCGAGGCUGGGACGAGCAACAGACGACGUUUGGGCAUUAUGGAGGAAGUCUGGGAAGAGAGAGGGAAGGAUCCUUCGGGGGAAGGGACGUUAGCUUCAGCAUCUCAGCGACAGAACUCCACCACAGCAGCAGCAUCAACAACGGAAGGAGCAAGUUUUCGCACGCUCGCUCAACCAGCGGCACCUCCCACGUCAGUGUUGCGACCAGCGGCAGCGGCCAUCGCAACGGCAGCUUCGUCCAUCCUUUCCAGCAGACGCCGCGCACCUCCACGCCGCCCCUCUCGUAUGCCAAUUCACUCGCCAGCAUCGAACAAGGCAGCAGCAACAGCAACAACAACAACGCCAGCAACCCCGGAGUACCUGGACCUCGCGAUUACUCCCCGACAAUUACUGAAGACGACGACGACCUGCUGGACCAGCACUAUCUGCACCACCGCAGCAAUUACCACGCGGCCACGUCUUCGUCGAUACCCAUCACCAGCAACCCAUCAUCAUCAUCUUACCCCCGCCGACCCUCACUGGCCAGCCGCACCUCCUCUCUAUCCGAUAUCCACAACCACACUGGUCCCCCCUCGUUGCGCAUCAACACCAGUCGCACAAACUCCAACGCAGCUUCUUCGCGACUUGUUCACGUCUCGAGUCACUCGGAUAUCACUCAAUCCAGCGGCAGGAUCUCAGAGUCCACUGCGCCCAACACGGCACCUGUGCUUUCCCCUCUGUCCUCGGCAUCUCCUUCAACAUCAGUAACCGCCAUGUCUCCCCUGCGCACCUCGCUGGAGGGUUUCCGCUUGCGCUCACGUUCUGAUCUCGACUCCAACUACCACCAGGAGCGCAUCCGACUGGAGCGUCACCGCUGGGAAGAGAAGGAGCGUCUGAAGAACGAGAAGAGGGACAAGGAGGAGAUGCGCAAGCGAGAGCGCGCCGACAUCAAAGAGGCUCAGCGCCACGAGCGGGAGCAGCAGCAGAUGAUGAAGCGAGAGGCAAAGGAGGCUGCCCGCAAGCAGAGCUUCUCCCACAGCGCCCGCAACAGCUCCAGCGACAUCAUCCGUCCCUCCAUCAGCCGCAAGAAGACGGCCCCCGACGCCGAGAAGCUGGCCAUGGGAGCUGCCGAGGGCGGUGUCGGGUUCGCCAGCCGCAACUACGAAAGCACCAAUCAGGGUCAGGCGCCUGUUGCCGACGAGGCCAUGUUCGAGGGACCCCGCCGCUCCCUGACCGCCAAGCGCAAGACGCAGGGCGCCUGGACGAGCUUCGUCCUGUGGUUCCGGACUAGGAUUCUGCGACUCCACGACAACAUGGCCAAGAAGUAA